AUGGCAACAGGUAUAAUGCCUCCGGGUGCUAAAACAGAAGGAGCAUUUGUACAUGAUCCAAAAGUAGCUCAUGAUAUGGAGAUACGUGGUCAAAUUCGACUGUUAUUUCAAGAUGUUAUAGGACAUAAUGUACAAGUUCAACAUACACUUGUUGCAAUACAAAAAAAAACAAAUAUUAGUUUAAGAACUCUUGAAGGUGUUAUUAUUCGUGAAGGUAUUAAUGGUGAACCAAUACAGAUAACAUCAAAAUGUGUUGAACUUGAUAAAGAAAUGGUUACAGCAUUUGGUGUAUCGACAGCUAUACUUGAAAAUGUUAUUUUUGUCAUCAAGAAGAAUCAAACUGUUUAUAAAGAAAAACAAUUAAAAACAAAAUUUGAUGAUAUAUUUGCUGCAACAAAAUAUAUGAAAGUACUUGAAUUAAUUCGAAAAAUUCGAACAGAUAAAUUACAAACAGUUAAAAUUAGUCGAGCAGAAAUUGAUCAUUUAAAAACAUAUCGUGAUAUGUUAGUUCAAGUAUGGUUUUUUUCAUUGACAUCAUAA